AUGUCUGCACCGGUCCUCCCGUUUCUAUAUCCUCACUUGUUUAAGCCUCUUUUACGUCGAAGACCCAGGCAUCCUCUCAAGUCUUUACCUCGAUGUCAAGACAUCCCACAAAAAGCAGCCUUCAGCAUUUCACAUAAACACCGGCAAGAAACUUACGCCCAAAGAUAUGGCACGGCACAAGAACCGCAAAUUCCGCCUCCUACUUCAUCAGAACCUCCUAAACUUCCGGGAGAUGACUCACUAGCAAGUGCCAUCGAAAAGGAAGUAAAGCCGCCAGAAUUGCAAGAGAAAAAGACAGAGGCGCAAGACAGUAAAGCUGUCGCGAAGCAAACGGUCGAAGGACCCUCCAAGCAAGACAAGGAAGAUAAAAAAGAAGAGACAACUCCAAUGGAAGAUCGUGGCAAAGCAAUAGAAGCUACAAUGCAAGACCCCGGCGAGCGUGCCAAAGAAUUGGUACCAGAUCCUCCUCCCGAGCCAAACUCUCCCAAACAGGACGCUGCAUCUCACGGAUUGGCAACGGUCAUGGCAAUGCCGGCACCAACGGUUGAGAAAACAGUUGAAGAACACAAAACGCCGCACCUCGCCACGCCACCCUACGUACACAACUUCGACACCUACACGCUGGUCAAAGACCUCGAGCGCGGCGGCUUUCAAUCCCGACAGAGCGAAACGACCAUGAAGGGCGUGCGGGCGCUUCUCGGCGUGAAUCUCGACGUUGCAAAAGACGGACUGGUCAGCAAGUCAGACGUGGAAAAUGAAACCUACCUUUUCCGCGCCGCGUGCUCCGAACUCCGCACCGAGAUCCUCAACCUCCGCAAAUCCUCAACCCAAAAAGCCCACUCGAACCUCACCCACCUCCAACACACCUACGACAUCCUCUCGCAGCGCACAACCAACGAGCUCGCCGCCCUGCGCGAUGAGCUGAAAGGCAUGCUAAACGAUCGCCGCAUGGACAACCAGUCCUCGAAGCAAUCCCUAGAUUCCAGCAUCACGGAGCUGAAUUACAUGAUCUCCACGGCGAUUAGCAGCGAUGCGAAGAGCGAGAUUGAAGGGCUAAGAUGGGUGCUUACGAGACGGGCGGCAAUGACGUUGGGGGGAAUGGUGGUCAUGAUUUUAGGGGGCUUGCAGUAUGGGAGGUACAAGACCAGGGAGAGGCAGGCGGAGGAGAAGAGGAGGGAGAGUGCGAGGGGGGAGGGAAAGGAGAUAGGGACGCAGACACAAGAGGCAGAGGUGGCUGUGGGAGCAAGUCGUCGAGAUGGUGAUGGUGAUAGCGGUGGCAGCAGUAGUAGGGCAGAGGCAAGUGCACUUGAAGGGAAAGAAGGCGACGUUGGAUUUGUGUCGCUGGGUUGA